GGGAGGACCAGCAGAGUUUCAAAAUAACAAAAAAGGAAAAGGGUCUGAAGCAACAGUUUGGGCACCCUGCAUGAUCUAAGUACUUAGUAACAACCCUUUGGCAAGUAUCACAGCUUGUAAAUGCUUUCUGAAGCCAGCUAAGAGUCUUUCAAUUCUUGUUUGGGGAUUGUUGCACAUUCUUCCUUGCAAAAGGCUUCCAGUUCUGUGAGAUUCUUAAGCUGUCUUGCAUGCACUGCUCUUCUGAGAUCUAUCCAUAGAUUUUCAAUGAUGUUUAGGUCGGGGGAAUGUGAGGGCCAUAGCAAAACCUUCAGCUUGCACCUCGAGGUAGUCCAUUGUGAAUUUUGAGGUGUGUUUAGGAUCAUUAUCCUGUUGUAGAAGCCAUCCCGUUAUCACCUUUAGCUUUUUUUUAAAGAUGGUGUGAUGUUUAUUUCCAGAAUUUGUGGUAUUUAUUUGAACUAAUUCUUUCCUCUACCAGUGAAAUGUUUCCUGUGCCACUGGCUGCAACAUAAGCCCAAAGCAUGAUUGAUCCAUCCUCAUGCUUAACAGUUGCAGAGGUGUUCUUUUCAUGAAAUUCUGCACCCUUUUUUCUCCAAACAUACCUUUGCUCAUUGCAGCCAAAAAGAUCUAUUUUAACUUCAGUCCACAGGACUUGUUUCCAAAAUGCAUCAAGCUUGUUUAGAUGUUCCUUUGCAAACUUCCGAUGCUGAAUUUUGUGGUGAAGAUGAAGGAAAGGUUUUCUUCUGAUGACUCUUCCAUGAAGGUCAUAUUUGUGUUGCUGUUGCUGCACCGUAGAACAGUGCACUACCACUCCAGACCUUAAUCUUCGUUAAGGUCUUUUGCAGUCAAACAGGGGUUUUGAUUUGCCUUUCUAGCAAUCCUACGAGCAGUUCUGUGGGAAAGAUUUCUUGGACGACUUCCACCAUUCCUGUUAACUGCCAUUUCUUAAUGAUGUUACGAACUGAGGAAGCGGCUACAUGAAAAUGCUUUGCUAUCUUCUUAUAGCCUCCUCCUGCUUUGUAGCCAUCAAUUAUUAUAAUUUUCAGAGUGCCAGGCAGCUCCUUAGAGGAGCCUAUGGCUGCUGAUUGCUGGGAGAAGGUUUGAGGAGUCAGGGUAUUUAUAAAGCUUUGAAAUUUGCAUCACCUAGACUUUCCUGACAAAGAUUAUGAACAAGCCACAGCACUAACAAUCUCAUAAAGGUCUGAGACCUUGGUAAAAGUCGUCUGAGAGCUUAAAUCUCUUAGGGUCCCCAAACUUUUGCAUGCUGUUCCUUUAUUUUUUUCACUCUAAAAUUACACAAAACAAAAAUAAUACACUAAUCUUGCUUAAAAUGUUGAAUAGGGUGUUUCAUCUUUAAUUUUAACUUUUGGAGAUCAGUUCAUCUUCUACUCACUUAACUAUUCACAGUUCUUGAUCCAGGUAAAAUGGACCCGGGGAUCGAGCUGCUUGGGCUUAUGAGGUGUUGAGUGAGUAUUUCUGGUCUGGGAUCAGCAGUUUGUUUCUGGAGUUCCUUUGGAAGCAAUGACUGCUAAUCUGAGGAGAGGAUGAAUUCCCAUUCCAUCCCUCACAGGGAGAGGCUAUGAGUAAAUGGGCAGUUCCGUGUUUACAACAGUAGAAAUAGACCCUUGAGUUUGGUGUUGAACUGUGUUUGGAAAUCACAACCCCCCCCCCCCCCCCCCACACACACACACACCCACUGUCACCUGUCUGUCACUCAGCAGAAAUCAUGCACAAUCUCAAGUUGCUGGAGAUCUGCACAAAAAAACUGAAAAUGUUUGAAGUCAUUCUGAUGAAAUAUAUUAACCUGAAUUGUAAAGUUUGUUCCUCUCAACACAGCUGUUCCUUACCUGCUGAGUGUUUGGUAAUUCCAGUUUCUGUUUAUUACAUUCACCCUGGAAUGGUUUAUAUUUCCUGAAAUGGACCUGUUUUAACCUGGAAAUGGAAAUGGGUCAUUCUGUGAUAGUAGAGCAGUAAAGAAAGCACAACUUUGCUCUGUAAAUUAUCCUGGUACCUGUUUGUGUUCAGUACAGUUGUUUCUGACAAGAUUUACAAGAAUAAUCACAGGUAAGAUUGGCUUUAUGUAUAAGGAGCAUUUGGUGGUUCUGGACCUGUGCUCAAUGGAGUUCAGAGGGACGGUGUGGGUGGUGGGGGAGUUGUCUGGCAAAGUAAACCUACUGAAUGCUGAAAAGCCUGGAUACAGUGGACAUGGAGAGGAAGUUACCACUAGACGGAGAGUCUGCGAUCUGACAGCACAGUCUCAGAAUAAAGAUACUUCACUUUAAAACUGAGAUGAGGAAAAAAAAGUGGCCAAAAGAUGUCUGAUCUGUGGAAUUUGCUGCCGCAGAGGUUGGUUGAGGCUGCCAUUUGGGUAUAUUUAUGACAGAGAUUAAUAUACUCAUGAUUGUUAAGUAGUUUCAAGGUUACAGGAGGAAGGCAGGAAUAUGGUGUUGGAAUAAAACUCAGCCAUGGUUGGGUGGAGGGGCAGACCAGAUGGAUCGAAUCACCUAAUUCUGUUCCUGUGUCUUAUAUCUUACCAUGACUGAAUGAUGGCUCCUUCUUAUCCCAUAUCGUUUUGUGAUGUGUGAGGGACAACAAAAGAUUGUUCACUGAGAUCAUUAUAUCUGCCUUCAACGUUUAAGUUUCAGUCAGUUUUGCUCUUAGUAACAUUAAGUAGAAAUGUCUGGUUCUCCUUUUUAUUGUUAAUGUGCUUCAUUAUCUUUCAUGUUAAAGUUAGACCUGUGGUGAGUGAUUUAUUGAAUUAAAAACCCCAACCGGAAGCAAACCAUAACUGAAGACGAGGGAACAGCAACAAGUGAACCUGCCCGAGGAUUGAGAACAUCAACUAAAGAGAACCCAUCUUACUGAGAGAUUCCAGUGAUUCAGUCAGGGGAAAGUUUGGUUAAAAACGAGAAGGAAUUCGUCUCCCGGAAGCUCAAACAUGGCACACCAGUUUUGCUGUCUCUGUCUAGAUAUUUAAGAAGUGAAGCAAGGGAUUCAAUCAACCUUCCUAUCUGAUCAGACUACGGGGCAGGAUUCACUCAGUCAUUUGACCAACUGGCACCUGUGUCAUUUUACACAAGGGAGAGCCCAUUCUUCUGCUCAGGCUGUGGGAAUGGAUUCAGUCAGACAUUUCAACUGAAGGUACAUCAGCAAGUUCACACUGGGCAAGGUCAUUCACCUGUUCUGAGUGUAAGAAAGCAUUUAGUCUGUCAUCCCACCUGUGGACUCACCAGUCAGAAGCUGGUCAUCUGCUGAAUUUCUGGGGAAGGAUUCACUCGGUCAUCUGACCUUAUGGCACACCAGCGAGUUCACACUGGGGAGAAGCCAUUCACCUGCUCAGAAUGUGGGAAGGGAUUCACUCGGUCAUUCGGCCUACAGAUUCAUCAGCGAGUUCACACUGGGGAGAGGCCAUUCACCUGCUCAGAAUGUGGGAAGGGAUUCACUCAGUCAAGUCACCUACUGACACACCAGCGAGUUCACACUGGGGAGAAGCCGUUCACCUGCUCAGUCUGUGGGAAGGGAUUCACUGUGUCAUCUCAGCUACUGACACACCAGCGAGUUCACACUGGGGAGAAGCCAUUCACCUGCUUAGAAUGUGGUAGGGGAUUCACUGUGUCAUCUCACCUACUGACACACCAGCGAGUUCACACUGGGGAGAAGCCGUUUACCUGCUCAGAAUGUGGGAAGGGAUUCACUCAGUCAUUCAGCCUAAAGAUUCAUCAACGAAUUCACACUGGGGAGAAGCCAUUCACCUGCUCAGAAUGUGGGAAGGGAUUCACUCGGUCAUUCGGCCUACAGGUUCAUCAGCGAGUUCACACUGGGGAGAGGCCAUUCACCUGCUCAGAAUGUGGGAAGGGAUUCAUUCGGUCAUCCCACCUACUGAGCCAUCAGCAAGUUCACACGGAGAAGUGGUUCACCUGCUCAGACUGCGGGAAGGGAUUCACUCGGCUGUCCAACCUGCUGAGUCAUCAGCAAGUUCACACUGGGGAGAUGCCAUUCACCUGCUCAGACUGUGGGAAGGGAUUCACUCAGAUAUCCAACCUGCAGAGUCAUCAGCGAAUUCACACUGGGGAGAGGCCAUUCACCUGCUCAGUCUGUGGGAAGGCAUUCACUCGGUCAUCCCACCUACUGAGUCAUCAGCGAGUUCACACUGGGGAGAGGCCAUUCAUCUGCUCAGAAUGUGGGAAGAGAUUCAGUGAUCCAUCCUCCCUACAGAGACACUGGAAAGUUCACAUUGGAGAGAAGCCAUUCACCUGCUCAGUCUGUGGGAAGGGAUUCAUUCAGUCAUCUCACCUACUGACACACCAGCGAGUUCACACUGGGGAGAAGCCGUUCACCUGCUCAGAAUGUGGGAAGGCAUUCACUCGGUCAUCCCACCUACUGAGUCAUCAGCGAAUUCACACUGGGGAGAGGCCAUUCAUCUGCUUAGAAUGUGGUAGGAGAUUCACUGAGUCAUCUCACCUACUGACACACCAGCGAGUUCACACUGGGGAGAAGCCGUUCACCUGCUCAGAAUGUGGGAAGGCAUUCACUCGGUCAUUCCGCCUACUGAGUCAUCAGCGAAUUCACACUGGGGAGAGGCCAUUCAUCUGCUUAGAAUGUGGUAGGAGAUUUACUGAGUCAUCUCACCUACUGACACACCAGCGAGUUCACACUGGGGAGAAGCCGUUCACCUGCUCAGUCUGUGGGAAAGGAUUCACUCAGUCCUCCAGCCUCCAGAAACACCAGUCAGUUCACACAUUCUGAGCUAUUCACCUGCUCACAUUGUUGGAAAGGAUUCAUUCAGUCAUCCCAUCUAAUGGCACACCAGUCAGUUUACAUUGUUAUUAAUCCCUUGCUUUUGCGUGCUGUGGACAUUCAUUUUAAGAGAGAGAGAGUAAUUAAGAAGACAUCAGUCUGGCUUGCAGCUUGUUUAGUUUUAACCGAGGACUCAGACACUCAGAGUCAGAUGGAGAUGAAGGAGGUAAAAUGGAAGGAUCAAAACCAGGGAACUAGUGGCCAAGAGUCACUGUUUAGAGUUUUCCUAUGCCCACAAAGGUGGGUUCAGUAUCGAUUCACCAUACAUCGAAUGUGUGGUUGUCACCUCGUUUGAUCCAUAGGUGUGGAUCGGAUUUGGGGUAUCCUGUGAAGACUACUUUUGUGUUAACGCUUGGCUGGGUGUGGUGUGAUAAUUCACUUGAAGGCGAUACCCCUUAUGACAAGUCACUUUUGGUGAUAAUUCGUAUGUGGAUUUGGAACGAUGAAGCAUAAAAUCUACAGCAACUGUUCUCUGAUUUCACCAGAAUGUAACCUUUGGAAUUCGACGUAAUUGCCUUCUCUCAACAUUUACCCUGGGUUACAAAUAUCUCUCUCUCUCGUCACCUAUUCCGUGGAUGAACUGAACUUCCAUACUUUACCAUCUCAAGACUCUAAGCCAGGCAUGGGCAAACUACGGCCCGGGGGCCAUAUGCGGCCGGUCAAGCUUUUUAAUCCGGCCCGCAGAACUUGAUGAAAUUAUAUUAAUAAUCCUUGUUAACGUUUUUUCCCCGCAAUUCUGGCGUUUUCCCAAUAGAUGACGCACUCUAUCUACAUUGAGGUGCAGCGUAUUACUCCACCUUUGAGCUUUACUCUUUGUUCGGCUCGACCUAUUUGUGUGAACAGGCGAUCAGCGUCAUGAACAUCAACAAAGCCAGCCACAGAUCCAAGUUAACUGAUCAACACCUCAGAUCCAUCCUGAGAAUCGCCACAACAAAACUAAAUCCAGACUUUGAUGCGCUGGCUAAAAAGGGAGACCAACACUGUUCCCACUGAAAUUAAAAAUAAGUUUCUUCGUUGUGUUAUGUAAAAAAUGCAUUUGAAAAUAUUUUUUUCAAUAAGCCUUACAUGUUACAUGUCAUUUCUGUUAAGUAAUGGACAUGAGUAGUGCGCAGGUGCACGUACGUUCUCAAAAUAAAAAAUGCGCUCCAGAUCAAAUAACGCGCUCUGCAUACUGGCACGCUGUCACUGUUCAGUCCUUGUGCUGGUCGUUGUUGAGUUUUGGCACAGGGGACAAUUGAAUAAGUAGACCAGCAUCUCCUACUGUUUUUGAAAUAAAGACAGUCAGGAGGAGAGUGAUGAUGAUAAUAUCUUGAAGGAUAACAGAAUUUUCAGUGCUUUAAAAUACUAACUGUUACUAUUAAAAAAAGCUGUAUUUUAUUCAUUUAAUUUUCAGUGUUUUAAAAGUCAUUUCAAUAAAUAGCUAAAUACCAUGGGACUUCAAAGACAGAUAUUUUGUUGUAAUGCAUUUGUUCAUUUUCAAUUGAAAUUAAAGCACAUGUUUUCUACAUAUCCCAUGAUAUUUUAUUUUCUCUUAUGAGGUGUAUUACCAAAAUACUCCGUCCAUCUGCUCCUGGUCCGGCCCCCCUGUCAAAUUUUAGAACCCUUUGUGGCCCACAAGUCAAAAAGUUUGCUCACCCCUGCUCUAAGCCUUGUUUCCCCCAAGCUCAAUAGUUUGGGAGUUAUAUUUUGUUACGCCUGUGCCCCAACUCUGAGGGGCCAAAGGGUACAAAGUAGCCCCCUCCUUUUUGAGGAUCGCAAGAUCGCUAUGAAUUCAGGUCAGGAGACCCAGGAAAUGAGAGGAUGACACGCCUGAUCCACAAGGGGUUUGGAUCGUCCCAGCCCCUCAGCGAUACAAAGCCACGGGAAACGGCCAUUGUCACUUGGAGAUGGAAUAGUGUAUUGAGUUCCGUACUAUUUAUUUGAAGCCCUCAGGGAAUGAGCCGAGGGGGCUGGCUGAGGGAUUGCAUCAUCCCAACCUGAUUGACAUCUGAGACCCCGUAAGUAAGGAUAAAAGAGGGUCUGGGGGACAACCCCUUUAGAUGCACCAGGAGAAAUGAUAGAAAUCCUGUGUAUGUUACUCAAAAUGGGUUUUUUUGGUUUGUUAAGAGUAGGAAUGCUUCUUUGUUUGAUAAGUGUUUCUCUCGCAGUUGUUUUGCUUUUACUUGUUGAUAUGGUAAUUGUAUUCAUUUGUUAACCAAUGGGGAAUGUUAUUUUGUCUUGUGAGGCUGGGAACUUGGGGAAGGGGUAUUUAGCGGGCUUUUGGGAGAGAGCCGGGAGGAGGACGCCGAGGAAGGUGGACGUGAGCUGCACUGCUCGGAAGUCCACCGGGCGGGGGGGUCCUAGGUGCGAAGACGUGGAGGUCAGAGGCAAGCGACGAGGGGUCGAAUGGUUCGAUGUUUGAGCUCCAACGAUGUGCACUAAACUGACUGAACUUUGAUAAGUUGGCGCCUUUUUGUUUUUUUUCCCCCUUGCAUAUAUAUUGUAUUGCCUAAUACUCUUUUAAUUUUAGUAAACUCUUUAAAGUGUAUUUCAUAACGGUAUUUGUUGUGGGUUUGAUACUGUGGGCGAGCGCGAGGCAUAAACGUGAUUCUCACAGCACCUGCGCGCACGGGAGGUGGGAUUGUUGAGUGGCUGGAUCUCCUUUUCCCCUAGACAUAGACCAGCCUGUUGGGUAAGUGUUACACCCGUGAGAGUGUUUAAUAGUGACAGCCGGUGGUGACUCGUGUGCGUGUGUCCAUCCUUGCCCAGCUGACGAGUUUUCCACGGAACGGCUUAGCUGAAGGACCGACUACAAAUACGGAAUUCAUAAAAAUCGACAUCAUAAAAAGGAAAGCCGGCAAGUUUAAAACAUCUGUCUCUCUUGACUCCAACAAAAGGCUGCAGCCUGCAUGAACUUGAGUGACUUAUAUAUUUCCAUCGGACAAUAUAUAUGUUAUUUCUUAUUGACUAUUAUUAUACCCGUGCUUUUAGAUUUAGUAUUGACGACAUCUAUUAUCUGUAUGUUUGCAUUGAAAUUAUUUUUGUGUAUUUUUAUCAAUAAAUACUGUUAAAAUAGUA